GUAUUUGGCGCGGUUUGUGCCUGGCCAGUCAGACUAGUCCGGCGCGAAAUAAUAAACGUAGUCAAGCAAGUAUUAUUUUGAUGUUAGCUAUUGUCAUUAUUUGAUAUAUAUGUGACGAAUUUAACUUUUGUACCUUAUAUUUUACGCCGGUAUGUUCUGUUCGGAUAAUCUUUACACCGUUCAGUAUAUUGAAGUGUUGAGAGUAAAAUGACUAAAUCAGCUGCUUUGAGAGCGACGCCUAGCUUGUGAUGACUACGAUAACUCCUCGGAUUCUUUUUCUUACGGGAUUAGAAGUCCGGUAUCGCAAAACAAUGGGCUUCGAUAUUAUCGUUUUUUUCUAGAAAUAAGGAAACAUAAAUAAAGGGACCGAGACUGCAACGAAGCCACAACAUUCCGACUGGGUACUCGAAAAACAAUGGCUGGUGUUGUGGCAAUGGCGGCUGUUAUUGAGGACUUUGAGAUUCGGCGUAAGAAACCCCACAAAGAUGGUGAUAGCCCUGGUGCAAAGACAAUCACAAACUACUUCCCCCCUGUUCCCAAGACCGCGGACAAGCAGUGCUCUCCUCCUCGAUCGAGUAACAUAAUGGACUACUUCAGUCAAACUCCGUCUUCGUCCAAGGAGUCGUGCAGCCCCCUGGAGCAGUCCAAGGAGAACUGUCGAAGGCUACAGUCCAUAGAGAAGCAAGCGGGAGUCACACAGCUUCCUGGAAAACCUUCCCAGAAACAGACAAAACGUAAAAGCAAAGUUGCCAGGAAGCUCCAGAAAAAUGAGGCCGUCAACAGUUCAGUCGAUGAGAGCGGUGAGACAAUGGGGGAACUGGUCAGAGGUUGCGUCUCCCCCUCCAUGCUGCGCAGUGAUAUCGGAGCUCUUCUCGACCAGCCCUGUGCUGAGAGUUUGACAGUUGACAAGGUCUCAGGUAGAACUAACACUUUAAGCGAUGGCCCGACUAGGAAAGUUGGAAGUCACAAUGGUUGCUUGAAAAGUGGGAAACCUGGAAAGACUAAGCCUAAGUCUAAAGAUAUAAAUGGCCUGUCACCAGUAGUGCCUCUGAAAGAUAAAGCAAAGCCGCAAAGACAUCCUGCUGGGAAUCCCAGGAGAAAGAAGACCAAGGAGGAGAAGGCAACACCAGCAGGGCCCGCGGCAAAAGAGGCUGAUCAGUCCCUGGUUGAUGUGAGUAUGGAGGUCAACGUGGACGAGUACUCUCGCCUUAACGACAGUACUGUCACAGUCUCCUUUGAGGACUUCCUACAAAGUCAGAACCAGGGGGACGGAGCAGAGGAAGUGGGGGAUAUAGGGGAGGCCAUGUCGGAGGUAGAGGAGAUGGAUACCGGAGGCCAGUUGGAAGUUGCCCUCACAAAGAAAAAUAUAGAGACCAGUCAUCAGAACAUCUCUCCCCGGACCCUCACCUUUCAAGCGGAAGUGCACGCUGUCUUAAUUGAGCCGGUGAAAUCUGCCAAGAGAUUGGCCUCCAUCUUCACCAAAAGGAAAGAAGCUGAUAUCAGUUUGUCCCCCCCAGCACCCACAGAGCACUUCCCUCCUCCUACUAUUUUGUCUCCGAAGCGGAAAUCGAACGUGGUUCUGCAAGAGGACGACCUAGAGCUCGCUGUGUUGGAGAGCGCCUCCACACCUAAAUGCAGUCAGGCGGAGCGUAAGCAGUUCAUGGCUGCCUUCAAGCGACCAGGCCCUGACAGGGCCAAGCCAGGCAAGAUCCAGGCCAAGCAGAAGCAGCCCACUGAGACGGCUGCAGAGGAGGAGGUGGAGGAGGAGGAGGCCACGGUGGAGCCGCCAGAUACCCCUCCAGAUGCCCUAGCAGACGUAAAGGAGAACACCCUGGCCAAGAAGAAAACAGCGGCGAAGGGAAAUAGAAAGGCCUCUAAGCAGAAGAAGGAGGUGACCCCCUCAUCACUCAUCACACCCGAGGAGGGACCUGAAGCUGCACUCGAAAGGACUGGAGCCACCGCCACAGCUGCUGGUGCUUGCGAUGCCUCCAUGCUGCCAGUCAGGAGGUCCAAAAGAGAAGCUUUACCCAGGCAGGCAGCCGAGGCAGAGGGGGAAGCGCAUGUCCGGGCCUCCAGGCGCAAGAUCAAGGGACAGAUGGUGGACCUUCCACAGGAAGGCCCCCUUCAGAUGUCCACACCGAAGUCACGCCAUAGGUCCAAGAGCAUGUAUAAGGCACAUUUGAUUUCUCCACCUGACAAGAGAGAGAGCCCGAUCAGGAUCAAAUUUACCAGAAUUCAAAGGAUCUCAUCAAAGGGUCAGACUGAUUUGGAAAUAAACAGUCCUCUUGCAUCUAAGACACCAGUUGCAUCCAAGAAGAAGACGCGGGCCAAGAGGUUGGUGGAGAGGGCCAAGGUAAUCAAGCGGCAGAGCAAGAAGACGGCAAUGCUGGCUGAGGAAAAUACCUCUGUACGGCGCUCCUCCAGGUCUCAGGCCAUCAGCAGCAAGGUCUAUGUUGAAGAUGAGGAUUCACUCGUAUACAUCGAGGAUGCCCAGGCGACUCAAAGUGUUUCUGACAGGCCACCCAAGAAAAAGUCCAAACAAAGGCUACGCAGCCUGAAUGAUGUUCUGGGGAAAGCUACAGCUCAAGACUCCAAAGUGGCCCCUCUUUUCCAGGACAGGAAGUCGGCAAGGCCGUCCGCAGUUGGGUCCAUAUUUGACGAGGGCAGCCGGGAGGGAUCGGAGAACUCCCUGGAUGACGAGGCGUGCCGCGCCCGUCGCCAGUUCCUCAAGAGCGGCCUGCCGGACUCCUUCAAGAAGCUGAUUGUCAAGACGGAGGCGACCAUGGAGGCCUACGCCCUCUCCUGCUCCUCCUUCCAUCCUGUGGUGCACGUGCUGCAGACUCCUAAGGAUUGUCCUCUAUCGACUUUACCUUGGCCUGCGUCCUCCUUCCUGCACUCUGUGAAGGACAGCUGGCGUCGGCCGUCCAGCCCCAUCCCAUCGCAUGAAGGACCCCUACAGCUUACAACUGCAUCGGCCCCAAGAACCUUAUGCGAUAGGGGUACUGGCCAGAGGCCAGAGCUGUCUGACCAGGUCCGUCAGCUCCUCAAGGAGGAGAUCAUCUCCUCCAAUCCCUCCUUCCCCGCCCAGAGGUUCCUCACACACUUCCUCAAGAGACGAGACCAUCACCUCCAGCAGACCACUGCCACGGGAACCAUGCCAGGACAUUUACCAGUACCGUUUGGGGGGAAGAGGAAGAGGGUGACUGAAGUGGAAACCUCUGGGAAACAGGCGAAGAAACAGAGGUCCGUCCGCACAGAGGAAGAAGAGCCGCACGCCAUUCCCACGCCAAAGCCUGAGCAACCCAAGAGAGGCGGUCGUGGCAGGGGUGGCCGCGCCCAGAGAUGCAAGCUGCAGGAGGUGGAACAGGAACUGAAAUCACAAACUGCAUUGGAGACUGCUUCUACUCCGGCUCCUUCCCAGGAGGGCUCUGUGAUCGUGCUGGACGACUCUCCUCUGGCUGGCAGCGACGGCAAGGAAGAUGUAAUGAAGGAGGAGUUGCUGUGGACUGAGAAGUAUCAACCUCAGAACUCCAGCGACGUCAUCGGCAACACCGCCUCAGUCAGGAAACUGCAUGGCUGGCUGAAGGAGUGGAAGCUACGCACUGACCGUGAGGAGGGGAAAAAGCAAAAGGAUUCAAGACCAGAAGAGAUCAGCAACGACUCGGACUGGGGGGGCGAGGACCCCUCCCAGGACCAGGAGGACAUGCUGUGCAACACUCUGCUGAUCACUGGACCCACCGGGGUGGGCAAGACCGCUGCCGUCUACGCCUGCGCCCAGGAGCUGGGCUUCAAGGUGUUUGAGGUGAACUCGUCGUCCCAGCGGAGUGGCAGGCUUAUCCUGUCCCAGCUAAAGGAGGCCACUCAGUCCCACCAGGUGGACAUCCAGGGGGUCAACGCCCACAAGCCUACCUACUUCAACAGCUACAGCAACAGCAUCAGCAGCCCCACAAGCUACACCCGGCCCUGCUCGUCCCCCAGGAAGGUGAACUCUCCUCGCAGGGUGGUCUCCUCCCCCAGUAAGCAACCCCAGUCCCCGAGGGGCGCAAAGCGGGGUUCCCUGGCCCCUACUUCCCUGGCCAGCUUCUUUAAAAUGGGACGCCCUAGAGGCAGCAAGGAGGCGCCCGUUGCGAACAAGGCGACUCAGCGUACUGCGGCUCCAAAUGAAUCCAUGAAGCCUGCUGACGGUUCCAGUAAGUUGAAGGAGCCGUUGAAAACGCCCCUGGCAGCCAGGGGUGCCGGCGGCGGGGGUAAGGAGUCUUCUAGCAGCCGCGAAGAGCAAAACAAGAAGACGGCCACCUCGCUUAUCCUCUUCGAGGAGGUGGACGUUAUCUUCGAUGAGGACCACGGGUUCCUGGCGGCCAUCAAGACGUUUAUGACUACCACAAAGAGGCCAGUCAUCCUCACUACCAGCGAUCCCCACUUCAGCAAAAUUUUUGAUGGCCACUUGGAGAUUCACUUCACAACGCCUUCUAUGGUAAACGUGAGCAGCUACCUACGUCUGUUGUGCCUGACGGAGGACAUGAGGACAGACGCCCAGGAUGUAUCCACCCUACUCAGCCUCAAUAACGGUGACAUCAGACAGAGCCUGCUGCAGCUGCAGUUCUGGACCUGCAGCACUGGGAGGCGUCACAGAGCCCAACAAUCAGAUCAGUUGGAUGGCAUUGAACUGAGAAUCAAGGAGCCAGCGUGUGUGUCCUCCUUGGGCGGCAGCGGCCCACCAGACCUCCCUCUGUGGGACACGGGCUGUGCUGAGAGCAUGCUGGGCCUCGUGAACGUCCAGCCCCAAGGCAGUGUCCAGGACCGGCUCAAAAAGGAGACGGCGGCCUGCUGGGAGCUGGUGGCGGACUGCCGGCGCCGCAGGGUGGACCUGCUCUACUCAAACAUGCACACCCUCCUCCCGCUGCCUGUCACCCGGCUCCCAGUGACACCCCUGCUGACACCAAGCCAACCCCGACCGGGGCCAACGGCCCUGUCCGGCACCUCUGCCCGUCAACGCUUUGAGGCCCCGACGCUCCCCUCAAAGGCCCUGAAGGCGGCCGAGCUGGGCGACGCCCUAAACGACGGCAGUCCGGUCAAAGUGUCGCAGAGGAUGAGGAAGCACAAGAGGCUGGCCAAGAAGGACCCGUUGCACUCGGACUCGGAGGACGACUUCCUCUCUCUGGCCGAGCCUGCGGUCACUGCGCCGUGCGAGGUGGAGGCGGUCUGCGCAUCAGGGGCUCUGGACCCCCUUCAGCCUCCCCAGAGGCGGAGGAACGAACCUCUGACCCCCCAGCAGAGAGCCGUCAGCGGGCCCGUCUCCCACGGCCUCGCCGCCAUCGCCGAUUUCCUGGAGGACAUGUCCUUCAUGGAUGCCUGCUCACCGACGGGGGGCGUCGGAGGAGGGCGGGGACGGGGCCCGUGCGUCGCACAGCGCCCGGCGCAGGUGAAGGACGGCAUGGUGGACGAAGCCAGGCUGGAGGACCCCGGGCCCGGCAGCAGGGAAGCGGAGCGGGCUGUGGAGAUCCAGGCCGCCGUGGAGUCCAUGAGCUUCCAGAGGUGCCGGGCAGGUCUGACUGAGGCCCAGGGAGAGUCCCAGGCCCUGGGAGGAGGAGAGCUCGGGGAGCAGGCGGGGCUGGAGCUCAGCCUCCCAGUGGCUGACCAUCAGAGAGGGUUCAGCCUCACUCCUCAUCCUCCCUGCCAACCAAAGCUGCUCCAGAAGUGCAUGGAGUUGUUGCUACUGUCCCGGGGAGUGUUUAGUACGCUGGGCAGCAGACCCCAGCUCUCCCUGGAAUACCUCCCCACCCUACGCACCAUCUGCAGAGCCGAGCAGCUUAAGGAACAAGGAAAGGUGAAACGAAGGUUUCUGCACUACCUCGACCUUAUCCACCUGGGUCUCUCCCGGGACACCUUGCAGCAUCUGGCCGGGGACUUCCCCUGAACACCUGGACCCUUAAGCUCUGUUCUCCUUUAGCUGGCAUCAGCUGCAACUGUUCAUGUGAAGGAAGUGUUAAGUUAAGUUUAAGUGUUUUUUUUAAGCCACAGGUUAAGACCAAUGAGUACACUUCCACACAGUACACUUUGUAUUAAAGCUCAAAUGUUAAAGUUCACUGUAAAAACAAUAAAAUAUUCUUAUAAAUAACAAUGAAGUCAAAUUAUACUAUAAUUGGUUUUAGGACUUGUAUACAUUGGUUAUUUAUGUGUGUGUUUGAGAGAGUUGUACAUUAGUGUUUGUAUGUUUUUGAAGUCACAUUUUACAAUUGUAAUUCACACAAAGUAACAGAUCUGGUGCUAAUUUGUAAAAUAAUGUAGUAAAAUUGUGACCUGUAAAAUAGUCAGUGUAAAAAAGGAUGUUUGAUUGUGACGCAUCUAAACUAUUCAAAAGUAAUGUCAAUGUAUUAUGUUGUUGAAAUAAAGUUGACCAAAAAACAUAA